AAAUCUGGCAAUCAUGGGAGGCGGAGGAUCAUGAGAUCACAUGCGGGGAACCUCCUCUCUCUCCACUCCAGCGAUUGCGCUUAAUUUAAAGGUGUACGGUAAAACUGUUACCGUAAAAUGGCACAAACAAGUGAAAAAGAGCUGAAAGUAGACAGUAGAAAACUAUUUGUUCCUGAUAAGCAAGAAUUAUGCAAAGUUCUUGUAGAAGGCUUGAAAGAAAACUUUGCGGAUGCAUCAGUCAGUGUUGUAGAUUGUCCUGAUCUCACUCAAUUACCUUUCACAUUAGCUUCACCAGGUCUCUGUGGUAAUCCAAGAUUAGCUGAUGUUGGUGGCGUCCCUAAUCUUAUCCCACUUGCUAACAAAGAAAAAAAGUAUGACAUUGAGAAAGUUGCAGAACUGGUUGAUUUACCUGGUGCAUAUGUUUUGGGAGCAGGAGCAGGUUGUUACCAGUUCUUCAAUUUCAAUUGUGAGAUGAUGGCAAACAUAAAGACCAAAGGAGGUCAAAGUAAUGAAAGGCGUAACUGCACUAGAAUUUCAAAGGUCAACCCCGAAGAUGGGUCAUGUGUGUUACAGACAUGUGAGACAACUUGUUUUUCUCUCAUGGCUAACUUGUUCCUGUCUGAUGGCAAACCUGGAAAGGUGAUUAAAGUGAGGGCGAGUAAAAGAACAGGUGAGGAGAACUUUGUGACGUGUAUGAGGAAGACUCUUGCUAAAAAGUAUGGUGAUAAAACAGUGGGGCUUGGAGGAACUUUUCUUAUCGAGCAAGGAAAGGCAAAGUUCCAUGUUAUGCCUGACUAUUCUAAGACUCCCCUGAACACCAACGAUGAUGUGAACAACUGGUUGAAAUUUUACGAGAUGAUGUCUCCGUUAGUAUGUUUCAGCUGUUUUCUAUCACAUGACCCUGGACUUGAUUUACGUCUGGAACAUUCCCAUGGUUUUGGUCACCAUGGCGUGGGCGGUCAUUACCAUUAUGAUGUUACACCUGAUGAGGUCGUUUACGAAGCUUACUAUCAGGUAGCUGAGACUAUCUAUCGAGUUGAUGCACCAACGGAAACACAUAAUGUCGGGCGAGAUUGAAAAGGGAGGAGAAAAUUACUCUUAUGUUUAUCUUGUAACCCAGUUUAUCGCCCAGGUUGCAUUAAAACCACUUUGAAAAUUUGCAUUCUUUAAUUCUAUUUUAGGCGAAAUAAUUAUAUUUUUUCUACCCUCUUUUAAUCCGUUUUUUCGGCACAUUUGUUUCUUUUUUAGGCAAAACAUUGUGGAAUCAUGCAGAAAUUUUUAUAAUUUUGUACCCAAAGUCCUGGAAAUAUUUUCAAUGAAUUAAUCACGUACCUGUUUAGUUUGAGCAGAACAAAAUAUAGCAAACAGCCUGCAUUAGUUCCAAUUUAAAAACCAGGUUAACAGCGCAACUUGAUUGAAUCGGUGUUAUGCGUAAUGGAAAGUUUUAUGUGCAUUCUGUGUGUCCAAAAGUUUUGAACUUUGAAAACCAUGCUAUGGUCAUGCAAUUGAGCAUGCACUAAUACUUGGCUCAUAGUACUUAGGCAGGAUUUUCAUAAAACGCAUUGCAUUUGUCAAUCCAAGUGCAAAAGGUGGUACAACCUUUCUUGGUCUAAACUAAUUUAAUGCAAACGGCUUGCCGAUUUUUGUUGAUUAUUUUGCAGUGUUGAUGCCCUCAAUACAUGUUCCGCACGUGAAACAAAAUUCUGCCGUAGUGUAAUUUUUCUUGAGUGUAAUGGGACACAACUCAUAUUGAAGUGAAUGCAAUAAAAGGUCUACGCAAAUAAGUGUACUAAGUUAAUGACACCACUAUUCAGGUUAGAACAAACCAAUCUAAUAUGUCUUUAAAUGAAAAGCUAAAAAUAUAUUGUGUAAAAGGUACCUGAAUGUACUGUAUCUAUGACAUUUUUAAUAUGCUUUUAAGUUGUUCUUGUCAUUCUUGAUUGUAAAUAAAAUAUUGUGCAUGUGUAGAUAUCUUUUGCAGUACAUGUUACCAUGUUCAGGAUGUUUAUAUUCUAUAAACGAAUGAAUGGAUGAAGUGGGCUCACCAAUAUAACGACAUGAAAUGAGUAGCCUGUCACAUUAAACUUGACGAAUUAAUGUCGCUUAAGGCAAUGCGUAUCAUUGAGCACAAUAAUCUCAUCAGGUAUUUAACAUAAUCGUUGUGAUAUAGAAAUUCAUUGAUUAUUGAAUUACGACAUACUGACUGUUUUGAGCUAUAUGACUAUACAGUACACACAAUAAUAAUGCAAAACGUUAUUGCUAUGUGAUAUUUAAGUAAGUUAUGUUACAAGGUUACAAGUAUUUUUGCCAUGUUUGCUUUUCUGACUGACUUCGAAAGUCAAACAAGGAAAUAUUUUCCUCAACAAGCAAAGCAAAUUUGUGUGAUGUGCCCAUAUAUGGGCUUGAUGAUGUCAAAAUUAUACCCAAAUAUGGGCAUAUCAGUUAUUUGUCAUAAAAUUUGAUACUGUGCACACACCUUAAUAGAAAAAUAAGAAUUGGUUUUACACAAAAUAAUUAUAAAGGUGGAAUCACCAGAAAUAAUACCAGAUACUGUAAGUUUAAGAUAACUAAGUAUAAAGUAUAUACUCCAAAUAAGGACAGACGAACCAUUGUGAUUCAAUAUUUUUAUUUAAAUUAAUACUGUUCCUAUAACUUAUUCAGUCCUUUAAAUCUGCAAUUCAAUGGUAUAAUUGAAUUUUUGAGGGUUUUUUUUUUUUUCAUUUUUUCAGUACAGUAUAUCCUUAAGGCAAUCUGUACAAUUGAACACAUCAUCAGGUGUAUUGAUCGUUGGGAUUAUACUAGUAGAAGUGGUGAUUGAUUAAGUUCUAUCUGAUUUGAUUAAAAAGACAUGGGGCGAUUCA